AUGGGAGCAGCGUACAAGAUACUUGGAAUGAACGUUAAGCCACAUGUGCUUGCAAUUGCGACAAUAGGGGCGACAAUUGGCGGAGCUGCAUUCGCGAUGAGUGGCUCCAAGACAGAAAAUGAAGCCCAGAAACCAGUCAAGAAGGAGGCCGCCUCAAAGGGCGAAGAUUUGGACGUUGAGAAGCUUUUGGACCAAUUCUUGAAGGAGGAGACGAAAUGA